UGACACGAUUCCUGUUUGGGGAUAUACGUGUUGUGCUUGGGCUAUAUACCAACCCAACUCUUAUGGGAAUUCAUGGCUUGCCAUACAUAGCCGCCUACACCGUGGGUCGACUGGGGGCUUUAGCGAGCUUGGAAACCGAUCCACACCCGAUAACGACCUAUAGUCCCCGACAGGUUUUGGGAGCAGGCUCAGUGUUUUGCGUCAGCCACGGACUAAACAAGAACCGACAGCCUUCUCUUGGCCAAGCAGUGCCGGUUGCCCCAGCUUCCAGUGAACUGGGUCUGUGCCCCGCUCUAGCGACUGAUGUUACACAUCGUGCGGUGCCUGGCAUUCUUCGCACAAGUCAGGUUUAAUACGAACAGGCUACACGACGCACCAGCCCAGCGUGAGUCCAGCUUGAGUUCUCGGCGUUUGUGAUACACCUGUGCUGUCCAGAGGGAUACCUGCUGUCUAGCGCACCUUGGACAUCUUGUACUGCUUUACUCGAUUAUUUUCUGGAUUUGCUCAACGCCAGUUUUAAGAAUUAUUUUCCUCAUUGAUGCAUUGAAUUACGAAAUCAGUGGUUUGCGAGCCUAAAAUUGUAGAAACAAAUAUCAAACGCUAGAUAACUGAGAAACCUUGAGAGGAACCCAUUCGACGAGCCCGGGCGUACACAUGAUGAUCUUUAACACCCCCGAGGAUAUGGCCACACUGCAUAAGUCUUCCUUCGCCGGCUUGUCUGAUGAGUCCAGCAUGCAUCAUGCGCAGCAGACAACGGGGCUUGGCGGCGCGUUGACCGGCGGGCCUUGCCGGCCUGGCUACGGUAUGCCCCACUCCAUCGAUGGAAUUCUUGGUAACGGCACGGCCAGAGGCAGAAAUGGUAGCGGGGAGUCGCCUUCACCAGACAAUAAAGACAUGGCCCCUCUGACGUCACCCAUGGGCGACCCCGUCAAGGACUCGGACAACCCUAACCAGGCUGGGGUGGGCCUAGCGAGUGCCAAGUCCGACCCGCACGAUGCCUCGACCGGCAGCCCCCGGGACAAGGCCUCCGAGGAGAACAACAACAACAAGGGGGACGACAGCAAGGACGGAGAGGGUUCCAAGGGGGACGACGCCUCCAAGAGGAAGAAGCGUCGCAACCGGACCACCUUCACCAGCUUCCAGCUGGAGGAGAUGGAGCGGGUCUUCCAGAAGACUCACUACCCGGACGUGUAUUGUCGCGAGCAGUUGGCCCUGCGGUGUGAUCUCACCGAGGCGCGCGUGCAGGUUUGGUUCCAGAAUCGGCGCGCCAAAUGGAGAAAAAGGGAGCGCUUUCAACAGCUUCAGGGCAUGCGCGGAAUUGGGCCCGGCGGCGGCUACGAAAUGCCCAUUGCCCCUCGGCCCGACGCCUACUCACAGCAUGCAGAUUAUGGACUAAUGGGACAGUGGGUUCGGAAUUUUCAUUGUGAAAAGAUGCAGGCGUCUCCAUGGGGACACAACAUGUCUUCACCUCUGACAUCAACCAUGAAUCCCGCGCCUAUGCAGAUGCAGCAGUCCCCCCACAACUCGUGUAUGGCACCCCAGUCCAACCUUCCCAGUUUUAUGGGCGUUACUAACCAGAACCAACUCAAUCAGCUUAACCAACUGAGCCAGGCAACCAGUCCCAUCGCGGCUGGCAACAAUGCGGCAGCACAGUUCAUGUCACAUGCUGCAGCUGCGCAGAACAUGAAUACAUAUAACGGACAGUACACGGACACUGGAGCAAUGCAUUGUGGGCAAGAUGGCGGCGACAGAAGAACAAGCAGUAUAGCUGCACUGAGAUUGAGAGCAAAGGAACAUAGCAGUGUCGUCGGUAUGAUGAAUGGGUAUUCCUAGAAUUUAGAAUUAAUAAAAACUCGACUGCUCGAGGUGAUUUUCAUGAACUUCUCGCGUGUGGCGUCAAGGCUGCAGAUGCUGCUGACUACGAAUUCUUCCAUGCCUAGUACUGGACGUCAUUUUAAUCACAGUGAGAUUUUGACAAGCAACAGGCAACAUUUGGUGGCAGAUGUGGGACGCGGUGGCGAACGCGAGCCGAACACUGUUGUCCUCACUGUACAGUACCUUUCGGCCGCUGGGAGAAGUCACUGUGGAGAAUUCCAAUUUUCAAUUUGCGGUCAAAUAUCGUAGAAAUGUUCUGAGCGUAUCCGCCCUUCAUUGUCUUGCACAUAUCGAUUAGGGGUCGAAACCACACGACUGUCUGGUGCCUCGACACCGUGUUCAUGCAUUGAAACUUGCUACUUAACAAACUGUUUGGAAACCCACAAUAUGAGAGUUAUUUGUAUCAACCUUACGUACAAACAAAAAAAAACAAAGCACAUUCGACUGAUAUAAUUUGCUAUACUUUGUGCCGAUUCUCGAUGGUAAUAAUUAUUGGAAUAAUGGUAGGACAUGCUCUCAAAGCUCCGACUUCACCCUCACAAGCAAGGAGCUGUAAUAUUUACGGUAUAAGAUGGAGAGUAUUUAUAGCUAAAUGUUUCUGUUAUCGUGCAUUUUUGGUUCUGGUUGUAUUUCUUAACAUUAAUUAUUUUGCUGACCUGUUGUACAUUAUUUUGUCAUUGGACCAGUUUAAUAGAUUAUUACACAUCUUGUUUAUAGAUUGAGAUUUAAUGCUAUUGUAAUAUCUUAUUGUGACGUAGUACAUUUGUAUAAGGGUAAAAUCUUUGGGCCAAUAUGAGGUAAAGGGGGAAAAUUUGUAUGAGAAACAAAUGGAAAUUUGAAAUAGUAAGGCAAAGGUUUGUAUUUUACCAUGAGUGUUUCUGCUUGUUCGAAAAGAUUUCUUAUUUUUGUUUCUUAUUCAUGUCAACUAUACAUGUACAGGUUACAUUACCACGUAUGUCAUGUUUCGAUACUAGUGCAGGUGAUGAAACGUACGAAUUCAACCAGCUAUGUGCUUGCCAAUCAUUUAAAAAUACUACAUGUGUAUGCAUAGGAAAGCGGUGGCCGAAUUAUCCCGGUUUACAGUGAACGAUUUUAAUAGAAGUCUUUGAAGGUUACAUUAUUCGUUCACCUGACAAACCAGGCAGUGGUUAGGGUUUGAGCUCGCCAUUUUGAAAAAAUAUCGGAAUCGAAAUUUGUAUGGCAUUCCAUUACUUUGCAAGUUUUGUACAAAAUCCUUUUCUUACGAAGUGAAUGCAUUAAUAUCACACACACACUAGUUGUAACAUUCGUGAUAAUGGAUGUACAGCCACAUAAAAUCAUAAUACAACGUGAUACGUCUGAGUCCCUGACUUGAUAGUUUAACAUGCGAGGAAGGAUCGUCAGAUUUUAUUAUUCACUUUGUGAAUUGAGUUUUAUGUACUUCACUUGCUCUCUUGCCCAUGCUAACAAAACACUGUCGAAUGAUUUCAAACAAACCAAAUCUGAGAAACUUAGCAAUUUCGAUAUUGGCGUCUUUAUUACACAUGACAACAAGUGUAUAGUUCGUAAUGUUAAAAGCUGUUUUUAAAUUUUCUUGCGUAGACAGGGGACUUUUGUAGAAUUUAUAGUUUUAGAAUAAAUCCUCACACACAGAAACUGAGGAUUAAUGGAACAGCAUUACGUAUUUCAGGGAUAUUUUUGCAGUUAAAAAGACUGUAUUUUUUUGUAAAUAAUAGCUUGAAUAAUUAUGACGUAAUAUCAAUAAUACUGGACUGCAUCUGAAACUAAAUAUGGCCGCAUCGUGCAUGUACAUUAGAACUAAUAACACAAGUCCAUGUUUUAAAGUGCAAACAUUGAUCUUUGGUAAUUGCGGAUUGGCUGUCCAGAAAUCAUGUCACUUUUUUGAGUGAAAUUCGUUGUCAAGAGAGGUCAUUUGCCAGAUGUUGUAGAUGACUUGUACAUUUUCUGUUGACUGUUGCCAUGGGUUCUCUGACAGCCGGAGCGUGGUCAUUAUUCACAGAAUAAUAACACCCUAAAGGCGCUAUCAUUACACACUGUGCACCUUGUGCACAGGAGCAGAAACUAAAUGUAGUUUCAAUCGUCAGUCGUUCGCGUCAGUAGCACAAAUGCACCCUCGUUAUUCUCUGAUAUUCUUGGCACAGUGAACAAGGGUCUUAUUCCUUCGCAAAGAAUGACAAAGGUCACUGUGCAAAAACUACAGGGCAAGCAAAAUAACUGAAACGUGAAUCUUUAUUCUGAUAUAAGCAAGACUUGAACUGUCUGACAUCAGUUUUGUUUUCCAAACAAACGCUGCAGGAAACCUUUUUAUACGCAUAAGGUUGGGACUAAACGCAUCUGGUCACAUGUACAUAUCGGCGAAUAAUAUCAAUAAAGCAGCAAUGCUAACCAUCCGGAUGAUAUGGCUUAAUUAUAUUAGGAAAGAACUGAAAACCUCCAAGGCUAGUUUGAAACGAAGAGUUCAUUUUAACGAUAAGUUCGCCCGGGGAAUAAUGAUAUGAAGAAAUGUAGUAGAUGUAAUGGUCAGGGCGAGUGUGUACAACAUUUGAGACUUUUUUGUACAUAUACCAAAUUGUGGAGACAAGACAAUAAAACAGUACUCCCCGACCUGGA